ACGGCGGCGGUGGCGACGACGGACGAUAACGACGCGCGCGAUCGAAACGGGGAACGUGGAAUAAAGACCGACCUUGGCGCGGUGCAUACGCGUCGCCGGAGGCGGUGUCCAGGGAUCGCCUCCUCUCCGAAACGCGCGCGACUGCCGACGGAACACCGACCGCGGGAACGCGACUCUCUCUCUCUCUCUCCGUCCUUCUCUCUCCUCGCCAUGGACGUCGGCGCGUUCUCCGAGGACAGCUUCGACGUGAAGGAAUGGAUCAACCGGACGUUCAAGUCCGCCGAGGCGCAGGAGAACAAAGACGCUUUUGUCUCGUCAUUAGUGAUGAAGCUGCAGUUAUAUGUACAACAAGUUAAUGGUGCCUUAGAGGAGACCAGUCAAUCGGUUCUCUCUAGCCUACCAAGAAUUUUAAGAGACACUCAGCUCCUGCAGCAAGAAACGUUAGCGCUGAGAGAAAAAAUGGUUGCUGUCAAGCAAGAGAUUGCGAAGAUCGAGAAGGAUACAGCCUCUUCCAUGGCAACGCUGGAGAGAAUAGAUAGGAUAAAGACGGAAUUGCAAACUGCUAAGCAGGGAUUACACGAGGCCGACAAUUGGACGGUACUGGCGAACGACGUGGAAGAGGUAUUUGAGUCUGGCGAUAUUGAGGCUAUAUCCAAUAAAUUGUUCAGCAUGCAGAAAUCUUUAGCUAUGCUCGCGAACGUUGUCGAUUACGAGGAUAAGAAGCUGCAAUUGGAAGGCCUGAAAAAUCGCCUCGAGGCGAUAGCCAGUCCGCGACUGGUUCAAGCUUUUACCGCUGCCAACUUAGAGCAAUCCAAAACUUACGUGGAUAUCUUUAGUAAGAUGGAACGUCUGCCGCAGCUACUCAAAUACUAUCACAAUUGCUUGAAAGUCUCGUUGGGCCAGGAAUGGAGACGCACUAUUGAGCUAGCGCAAGAUGAGAAUGUUACCUACUGGCUACGUACAUAUUAUGACAAACUGUUAUCCUCUUGGCACGAACAGGUGAAAUGGUGCCAUCAAGUCUUUCCCAACACUUCGGUAGAUAUUCAUAUCGAGGUUUAUGCUGACCUUUUGAGAAGCCUCGAUCCUGGUAUUCCAGAAUGCAUAGAAGCGGUUCUAAAACAACAUUCCAACGCGGUGCAAUUGUCCAUCCUACUCGAAUUAAAACAGAUGACGCGGCAUUUCGCCGUUAAUCUCAAUGGCGCUAUCGAAACGUCGUUUCGCGGAAAAUUGCAUAAUGAAAAGUUGCUGUCGCUAGCGCAGGCUGUAUACGCGCCGUACGUUCCUUACGUCGCGAAAUAUAGCACGUUUGAAACUGCGCAAUUGGGGCAACACUUACAGUUUUUGGAUCGCACGCAUGACGAUUUGAGCGACACUAUUAAUUCCCUUUCUCUUAGCAUUUCGCGGAUUAUAGGCUAUGCCAACGAAGCCAAUAAGCGAUGUAAACUUUUUACGGAGGGUUGUGGAUAUCCCGGUUUACUACAAUCGUUAAACAUUUAUUUCAAUAAAUAUCUCGAGAAAUAUCAGCAAGGUUUGAGACAACUUGAGAGAAAGAAGGUGAAGCACGAAGAUUGGAAUUUAUUCCAAAUGUGUCUUACGUUGAUGCAAAAUAUAGGUGAUCUCUUGCAUCAAGUGCAACAAUUCGAAAAGUCGCUCGUGAUUGACAUAAUAGAAGCUAAUAACAAAUUGCAAAACACAAACGGUAGCGUUUUUUGUCAAUAUAAAACGUUACUGUUAACUCCGACAGGAUGCACUGAUUUGGAAAAUCUCGUUGCAUCAUUCCAAAGAGAGGAUAAGACGAUUCUUGAUUCGAUUAUAAAAUCUAUUCAAAAACUCUGCACUGACUUACAUCACACCACGUAUGAAGUUAUCUUCGCGCCAAUAUUCACCCAGCUAUUACUGGUGCAAAAGGCACCGGCUUGGUCAGUGGAGACCAACAAAAUGUCCAAUUUAAGUUCAGAAUUACCUGAUUAUAGUUUCGCUCCUCAAGAAUACAUUACGCAGGUCGGACAGUAUUUAAUGACGUUGCCGCAACACUUGGAGCCAUUUCUGUUGAGGGACAAUCCGAGUCUAACGCAAGCGUUGAAGGCAGCUGAUCCGCAAUAUGCUCAAGGCUCAACUGAAUCUGGAUUUACUAGUAUACUCUUGGACAUUGUUGCCCGGGGAACGUGUCAAAUGUUCCAGGAUCAAACCUUGGGAAUCUGUCAAUUGAAUUCCGUUGCUUGCAAACAGCUCGCAACUGAUAUCGAUUAUCUGGGUAAUGUAUUGGAGGAACUUGGUCUGUGUUUAUCAGAGAAUCUCCAGCAUAUGUCCUUACUGUUGAGAUUACCGUCAGAGGAUUAUCAGAGCGGUAGCUCCGGAUGCAAUGCUCGUGUUGUAGCUGCAGUCAGGCAAAUGCGCAAUAUUACGUCUUCCGGCUGACACAGUCCGCGUCAAAUUGGACACGGUGUCACAACGUGAGAAACUUUAGUUUUCUAUUCCACAUUUUCAACAAAGUUGACGAUUUUGUGCAACAUUUGUGCAAUAUAUUUGCGAUUAUUCUAUAAUCGUAAAAAGUAAAAUCAUGUAUAGUACUAUAAUAUAUAUAUAAAUGCAUUCUUAUUA